GGUACCUGUGUUGAUGUGGGCUCAGAGAUGCAAGCUUCACUGUUAAUUCUCCUCUGUGGCCUGGCUGCCACGGUUGGCCAGGAGCCCGACCAAGCCCACGGCUGUGCCCACGGCAGCUGUUACCCAGCAACUGGAGACUUACUGGUUGGAAGAGAGAAAAACCUGAAGGCCUCAUCCACAUGCGGCAUGAGACGAAAAGAGCCCUACUGCAUCGUCAGUCAUUUACAGGAUGAGAAGAAGUGUUUCGAGUGUGACUCCCGGCGUCCGUACGACCCCGUCUACAACACCAUCAACCACCGGAUAGAGAACGUCAUCACCACCUUCAAACCUCACCGCAAGAAGUCCUGGUGGCAGUCUGAGAAUGGAAAGUCUGAUGUUUUUAUUCAGCUGGAUCUGGAGGCAGAGUUUCAUUUCACUCAUUUGAUUAUGACAUUUAAGACUUUCCGUCCAGCAGCCUUGCUUAUAGAGCGGUCAGCUGAUUUUGGUCGUACCUGGCGGACCUAUCGCUACUUUGCCCAUGACUGUGCAGAUUCUUUCUCUGGAGUAUCGCAGGGUCCGCUGCGGAACAUUAAUGACGUCAUCUGUGAGUCCCGCUACUCUGACAUUGAGCCUUCAACAGAAGGAGAGGUCAUCUACAGAGUUUUGGAUCCAUCCAUCAGGAUUGAUGACCCCUACAGCCCCAGCAUCCAGAACCAGCUGAAGAUCACCAACUUGAGAGUCAACUUCACCAAACUUCACACGCUGGGAGACAACCUGCUGGACCCCAGAGCUGAAAUCAAAGAGAAGUAUUACUACGCCAUCUAUGAACUCAUUGUACGUGGAAACUGCUUUUGCUACGGCCACGCCUCAGAGUGUGCCCCCAUCGAGGGCAUCAAGGAUGACAUAGAGGGAAUGGUGCACGGCAGGUGUGUUUGUAACCAUCACACUAAAGGUUUAAACUGUGAGCAGUGUGAUGAUUUUUACAAUGACCAGCCCUGGAGGCCAGCCGAAGGGCGCAACUCAAACGCUUGCAAGAGGUGUAAUUGCAACGGCCACUCAAACCACUGCCACUUUGACAUGGCGGUCUAUUUGUCCACGGGAAACCUCAGCGGUGGCGUGUGCGAGGACUGUCAGCACAACACAAUGGGACGCAACUGUGAGACGUGUAAACCGUUUUACUACAAAGACCCCAGCAGAGAUAUAAAAGAUCCACGAGUUUGCAUAGCUUGUGACUGCGACCCGGAUGGUUCGCAGAAUGGAGGGAUGUGCGACAGUCACAGUGACCCGUCCCUCAGCAUGGUGGGAGGCCAGUGCCGCUGCAAGGCUAACGUUGAGGGCCCGCGCUGCGACAAGUGCAAGUCUGGCUUCUUUGGCCUGAGUGCGGAAAACCCUCAGGGCUGUCAGCCUUGUCAGUGUGACCACAGAGGAACCGUGUCAGGUAGUUCUAUGUGUGACCCGUUCAGUGGGGACUGCAACUGCAAGCGUCUCGUCACGGGACGCAGCUGUGACCAGUGUCUGCCAGAACACUGGGGGCUCAGCCACGACCUGAGCGGCUGCAGAGGCUGCGAGUGCGACGUCGGCGGAGCGCUCGACAACCAUUGCUCCAUGGAGAUCGGACAGUGCCGCUGUCGCAGUCACAUGACAGGACGCCAGUGCUCGCAGGUGGAGUCUGGAUAUUUCUUUAUGGCGUUGGAUCACUUCCUUUACGAGGCUGAGUUUGCUAAAAUGGAGCAGGGCUGCACCUUGGAGACCAGGGAACACCAGCCGGGUCGUCCUGCCUCAUGGACAGAUUUAGGGUUCGCACGAGUCCCUGAAGGUGGCACUCUGGAGUUCGUUAUUAAUAACAUACCUUACUCCACGGAAUAUGAUUUGCUCAUCCGCUACGAAUCUCAGAUGCCCCGAGACUGGGAGCAAGUGCGAAUCACAGUGAUCCGUCCAGGCCCGAUUCCUACCAGCAGCCCCUGUGGAAACACCAUCCCAGAUGAUGACGCGUUCAUCGUUUCUCUACCAGCUGGAGCCAGGUUCGUGGUGCCUCCUCAGCCUGCGUGUUUGGAAAGAGGAGUGACUUACACGCUUCGCUUGGAGUUCACACGCUAUCAAGAUGCCAACAGUAUCCUCAACGGAGGAGCCUUCGCCGUCAUCCUCGUCGACUCUAUCGCAUUGAUGCCGCGUCACUCCUCCAUGGAGAUGUUCAACGCAGGCGAUACCGCCUCAAACGUCAGGAAGCAGACAUAUGACCGGUACCGGUGCCACGAGGGGGCAAAGAGUGUGAUCCGCCCGCAAAUGAGCGACACCUGUGCCAAGCUGAUCAGCAGCAUGUCGGCUGUUAUAAACGACGGAGCUCUGUCUUGUAACUGCGACCCUCAGGGGUCCAUCAGCUCCAUCUGUGACGUCCGUGGAGGUCAGUGCCGCUGCAGGUCCAACGUGAUCGGUCGACGCUGUGACCAGUGUUCACCGGGAACUUAUGGCUUUGGACCCUCAGGCUGCAUAUCCUGUGACUGCAGCUUAGAAGGGUCUGUGACACGACUUUGUGACAAGUUUACCGGCCUGUGCCAGUGCCGCCCGGGCGCGUUUGGUCAGCGAUGCGACGGGUGUCAGACGAGUUACUGGGGCUUUCCCAGUUGCCGACCCUGCCAGUGUAACGGGCACGCAGAUCACUGCGACCAGAGAACUGGAGUCUGCAUCAACUGCAGGGACAACACCGGAGGAGACAAGUGUGACAGGUGUGCCAAUGGUUACUACGGUAACCCAGUUUUGGGCAUGACAUCAGGCAGUCAGUGUCGUCCAUGCCCCUGUCCAGAUGGACCCACCAGUGGACGUCACUUUGCCACAUCUUGCUACCAAGACAACCGCAACCGACAAAUUAUCUGCAACUGUAACCAAGGUUACACAGGUGCCCGGUGUGAGGAAUGCGCCCCGGGCUAUUUUGGAAAUCCCUCUCAGCCAGGGGGGCGCUGCCAGCCUUGUCAGUGCAACAACAACAUCGACAUGUCAGACAUGGACGCUUGUGACAGGCAGACUGGAGAGUGCAGGAAAUGUCUUUACAACACGGAGGGUCCCAACUGUGGCAUCUGCAAGAGUGGAUAUUUUGGGGAUGCUUCCCGACGCAACUGCAGGAGGUGCACAUGCAACUUUCUGGGUACUGAGCGCAGUCAGUGCAUAGAGCGUGAGGACUGCGUGUGCCAGCGAGCCACAGGCCAGUGCCAGUGUCUGCCAAAUGUUGUCGGUCUGAUGUGCGACCACUGCGCCCCCAACCACUGGAACCUGGCCAGCGGAGGGGGCUGUGAAGCAUGCGACUGUGAUCCCAGCAACUCUGUAACAUCCUCCUGUAACGAAUUUACUGGCCAGUGUCAAUGCCGUGAAGGUUUUGGAGGGAAGACCUGCACAGACUGUCAGGACAACUACUGGGGCAACCCCAGGACACAGUGCCGAGCUUGCGACUGCGACUGGCGGGGGAUCGAGACCUCUCAGUGCAACCGGGUGACUGGUCACUGCGUCUGCCAGCAGGGGGUGUCAGGCGUCCGCUGUGACCAGUGUGCCAGAGGCUUUGCGGGCGUGUUCCCCAACUGUCAGCCCUGUCAUCAGUGCUUUGGGGACUGGGAUCGAAUUGUGCAGGACUUGGCAGUGCGCACCAAGGCGCUUGCAGAGCGUGCCCAUGAGAUUCAGACCACUGGGCUAACGGGGCCUUACGAGAAAAUCUUCAAAGACUUGGAGGAGAAACUGGCACAAGCGCAGAGCAUCGUGAAUGCACGCAACGCCACUGCUGCAGCCAUUGGCACCUUAAUGGAGCUUAUUGAAGAUCUUAGGGCACAGAUUGGUGAGACGACUGAGACCUUAAACCGUGUGGAAGGAGACUUGACGAUUGUCCAGGACAGGAACUCCAUGGCAAGCAAAGAGCUGAGUGCUCUGGAGAGGGAAGCUAAAGAACUGAACUUCACCUCAGAGCAGCUACACCAUCAACUUAAUGUGCUCAAAAACUCCAAUUUCUUAGGUGCGUAUGACAGCAUCCGAAGCUCCUACAACCAGUCUCGUGAUGCGGGGCGACGGGCUAAUGAGUCCACGACCACCAGGCCCAGCACAGUCAGCCAGUCUGCAGACACCCGCCAUCGAACUGAGCGCCUCAUCACUGCAAAGAAAGAUGACUUUAAUCGUAAAAAUGCAGCAAACAAGCGUGCACUGGGAGACCUGAGCAUGAAGGCACGAGGACUGGAUAUGAAGAAGCUCAAUGAGAAGGUCUGCGGCGCUCCGGGUGACGCUCCCUGUGGGGAGAGCCCAUGUGGAGGAGCAGGUUGCCGUGACGAUGAGGGGAACCGUCACUGUGGAGGCCUGAACUGUAACGGCGCCGUAUCAGCAGCUGACAACGCUCUGGAAAGAGCCAAACAUGCAGAGAAAGAGCUGAACAAGGCAGUGGGAGAGAUGCAGGGACUCUUUCAUAAGGUGGCAGAAGCUAAGGCUCAGGCAGAGGAAGCUAAGGGUAAAGCUCAGGCUGCUCUGGAUAAAGCCACAGCCACGAAGAACAAAGUGGAACACUCCAACAAUAACCUCAGAGACCUCAUCAAACAGAUUAGGGAGUUCCUCACUCAGGAAGGAGCGGACCCCGACAGUAUCGAGGCGGUGGCAAACCAAGUGCUGCAGCUCUCCAUCCCUGCUUCACCCCUCCAAAUCAAACAUCUCGCUGACGAAAUCAAAGAUCGGGUCCACAGCCUUUCCAAUGUAGAUGCCAUCCUGCAGAAGACUCAGGAGGACGUCCGCCAGGCUGAGAAACUUCUGCUGGACGCCAAGAGGGCGAGGCAUCGUGCUGAGGGGGUGAAGACGACAGCAGAGACGGUGAAGCACGCACUGGAAGACGCCAGGACUGCCCAGACUUCGGCAGAGAAGGCUAUAGCAAAAGCCAAAUCUGACAUUGGGGAAACUGAGAAUAGACUGACACAGAUUGAGUCAGAAACAUCCAGUGGCGAGAAGGACCUGCAGGACGCCAUGGUCCGCCUGGGCACUUUAAAACAGGAAAUCAACGCCUUGAAGACCAAACACGCCAACAACAGCUUGGCUACGGCUCGAGCCGAAGAGACGGCCACCAUGGCGCGAGACAAGGCCAAUGAAGCCAAACAGAUUCUAGACGGACAGCUGAGAGAUAAAUACAACGAGGUGCAGCAGCGAGUUGACGGCAAAGCCAAGACUGUGGAGGAUGCCAAGAAAAAGGCAGAGAGGCUAAGAGAAGAAGCGAAGGAGCUGCUCACAGAUGCCCAAAACAAGCUAAAGAGACUAGCAGAGCUGGAGAAAAAUUACGAGGAGAACCAGAGGAGGCUGGAGGGGAAAGCCCGACAACUGGACGGCUUGGAGGACAAGAUGAGGGACAUCCUCAAAGACAUCAACAAACAGAUCCAAAUCUACAACACAUGCCAAUAACUCAACAAGUCUGGAAGACAAACGGUCUUUUCUGAGUUUUUCUGACUUUUCCUUAAAAAUAAACAGAAAUGAGAACGUGAGUCAUGGUGUAAACCA